AUGGACUCUACCACGGCCUAUAAGCCGGUUGCUCAAACACCCACAGCCCUUAAAUCAACGACAAUAUACGGAUACGGUUCAUGUUUCAGCGGUCCGACUCAUACGGAGAUCGAUGGCCAUCUUCAACUCACUCCUAAGCGGGCAUUUAUUUAUGCCUCUUACUCUCGUUUAAUGGCCUUCCAACGCACCUCCAAGCAAGAGCGUUCGAACUGGAUGCUCGCACAAGCAGAAUAUGGCAAUCAAAUAGGGACGUCAUCGACGAAAUCGCUCAUAAUAGACC